UCGGUAACUGUAAGUUGAAACUAGAAAACAUCUUGCAAAAUUCGCAGUUUAAAUCGUGGAAUUUUCAGCAUAUCGUCGUAAAAUCGCGGAUUCUCGAUAAUCUGAAUGUUAUGUUAAACAGUGGAUUCGAUAGGUCCGCAAUGUCUGUGCACAAAUCGCUGGUACUUUUAGUCUUUUUGGUAAUAGCCUGCAGAGAGAGUAAUGCUCACGACAAAGGUGUCUGGCGGAUGACUCCGGGUGACGAGAUAGUAGAAGAAAAUUCAGUGCUCACAUUAACUUGCACUUACGCAUAUCAAGAAGGUUUUAUCGAUCGGAAUUUCUCCUUGAGAUGGGAGUUGCCCGAAUUCCUCGUCAAAAAUCCGCAACUAAUGGAAGUUGAGGAGCGGUUCCGUGUAACUUUCACUACGAACGAAACGCACAUGUCAUCGACCAUGACCCUUGCGAACGCAACAGCAAGAGACACGGGCCUUUACCGAUUUGUCUACGGCGAUGAGCAAAUUAAACGAUACAUCUACGUUUUUGAUGAAAGAAAUUUGGUGACCAUCGUUGACAAAGGUUUCUAUCCGGAUUACUACUUAUUCUGCUUCCACCAAGGCGAGUUGGGUGUUCAUAUUCCAUGCAAAUCCAACCAUCCGAACGUGACAGUGACCCUCAUCCAUCGGGAACGACUCAACCAAAAAUCAAAUUACGACAAUGUGCUAUCCUAUCCGAAUCCGAAAUGGUCUUUCGAGCCGGAACACGGACUAGCACUAAAUCACGCAAUGAUCAAUGACACGGGAGUUUUCCUUUGCAUUGGCACAAUGAACAACAUCACCGACGAGAAGAAUUUUACCGUCAGUGUCAAAGGAAUAGAGUUGGAAAGAGUUGGUGAUCCUGAGGAUCCGACGGAAGGAAGUAAUGUGACCUUAAUCUGCCGGAUCCUUUUCCCCGGAAUCAAGUUCCCUGGGCCACCGGAAUGGGAAUAUCAAAUCAACAACACUGCAGUGAUGCAAACUAUUAACAUCACAAAUCCCCCAGCAGGCAUCCGGAUAGAAACCGAGGGCGAAAAAAAGAAGCACGAAUCCGCUGGAUUCAAACUAAAUUUUUACGUGAGCAGACUGGAACUGUUUAACAUAAGCAAAAAUACAUACACAACUUUUCAAUGCAAAGCCAAUAAAUUCCAAGACGCAGUAGCUAAAGCCAUUUCUUUUCAAAUUAAAGAGAGAAAAUCGACAGAGACGAUGUUCGAUUCCAUCUUAUUGGACAACAAAAGAACGAAAACAAUUUUAAUUGUCGUCUGUUCGUUAACUAUUUUGCUUUUACUCGGAAUCGGAAUUGGAAUUAGACUGAAUUCUAAAAAGAAGAAAAAAUUAUACCCGGGUUUAAAAAGAAUACUCGAAGGAAAUCAAAAAGAAAUCAUCCCAGAACUGUUAAUGGAAGAGCAAAGUGAACUAGUCCCCUACGACAAACGGUGGGAAUUUCCCAGAUAUCGACUCAAACUCGGAAUACAAUUGGGAGUGGGAUGUUUCGGUCGGGUUGUCAAAGGAGAAGCUGUGGGGAUUAAAGGUUCCGGUGAAACUGUCAAAACGGUGGCCGUCAAGAUGGUCAGAUCUGUAACAAACGUCGCUGCCCUAGAAGCUCUCGUGAGUGAAUUGAAAAUUCUGAUCCACUUGGGAUCGCAUAUGAAUGUCGUAAAUCUACUGGGGGCCUGCACCAAAAAGAUAUCACAAGGUGAACUUUUGGUCAUCGUCGAAUAUUGUCGGUAUGGAAACUUGCGGACUUAUUUAAUGAACCACCGGGACAGUUUCAUUAACUUGGUGGAUGAAUUCGGCAACAUUCAAGCGGAAAAUGAGAUGGAGGACAUUUGUCUAAUGCCCAAGUAUGAAAACUGUUUGAAUGGAUCAAAUUUCAAAGAAAACCAAAUUGAGCCCCGUCUUUUGAUUAAUCCAUGUUACGGGAAUUUUGAAAAUAACGAGUGUGAAAGAUCGCCAGAAACUUCAAUGUUAAGUGAUCCGUCAGAGUCACAAUCCUUCUGGCAAUACCAACAAGAUCCGGAUGUUACUUUAACUCGAUCCAUUUCCACACGCGAUUUGAUUUCCUGGUCUUAUCAGAUUGCUCGAGGGAUGGAUUAUUUAGCUAGCAAAAAGGUUCUCCAUGGCGAUUUGGCUGCCCGAAAUGUUUUGCUAGCCGACGAUGGAGUGGCCAAAGUGGCCGAUUUCGGCAUGGCCAAGAAAAUGUACUACGAAGACAACUACGAAAAGACAAGCCAGGCAAGGCAUUUUGAUAUAAUGACGCAACUAAAAAAAUGAAUGCAUUUUUAAUUUUGUACUCAUAGGGAUUGAUGCCAGUCAAAUGGAUGGCCAUUGAAUCUCUAACUGAUCGCGUCUUUUCGACCCAAUCGGACGUCUGGUCUUAUGGUGUCGUCCUCUGGGAACUCUUCACGCUGGGUAAAGUUCCUUAUCCAGGAUUUGGUGCUGGUCAUCAAUUAAUCCAAGCAAUUCAAAACGGAUAUCGAAUGGAGAAACCAAACAACGCCCCGAAUUUAUUUGGAGAAUUGAUGACCAAUUGCUGGAAAACGGACCCGAAGGAGAGGCCCACGUUCAGCCAAUUAGAAGAGACAAUCUGUGGCCAUAUGGAAUCGACAGUCAACUCUAAUUAUUUGAAUUUGAACGCUUUAUACGUCAAAUUCAACGAAGAGAACGACACGGCGACAGCAACAGACCUUUUCGGACUAAACAAAUUGUUGACCGAAAAAUCGCAGAUGAAUGAAAAUAAGUUGCAAUUGAAUGACAAUUUUCGUUCACCAAAAAACGAGAAUAGCUACUCUCCUUUUCCUCAAAGAGCCUGAUAGGGAAAAAGCGGAAAAAAGGUUGUACGAUGCCGUUCCCUACUCGAGAUGCUGUCCAACCACACACAUUUCAUCAAUUGAAAUCUCAAAAUAUUUAUUAUGUCUACAUCGUAGCUGAUAUCAGAUCUCAAUUCUCGUGUUUGGUGUCUAUUUAAAAUAAACCACGUAAAAUUCAAAAA